AUGGAAGAGCGCGAUUUGCUUGAAUGCUGUGGAAGCAUCAAGUUUGCAUCGGAAAUGGCUUCUGCUUCUCCAUUCUCCUCGUUGCAACACGCACUCGAUGUGGCCUCCAAUAUUUGGUGUAACAAGAUUAAUGUGCAUUCUUGGCUGAUAUCACUCAAUGUUCACACCAAUAUCUGUGAAAAGUCGCCCUUCUCACAUGCAUUCUACACUAAUACCCCAAUGGAUUCUAUUACAGAGGAGAUAUAUGCACUUAGCGUGCAGUAUCUGCAAAGGCAUGGAUUUCCAUAUUUUACUAUUUCUUCUGAAUGGGAUGCAGAUGUUAUACUAAUGGAUCUAAAGACAAGCGUUAAAACCAAGCCAUUAUGCGAGUUUGAGUGGGCACGUCGAAAACAAUUUAUCAUCAUUAAACAAUACAUUGCAAGGUUUUUUCAAAAGAAAGGAUAUAUUCGCUCUACAACUGAAUUACCAGAGACCCAGGCUACGGUAAAAAAUUUUGAUCUCAACAAAAAGCCAUUCUGA